AUGGCAGUGCCAUUCUCGAUCCAACCCUAUAUCCAAGAAAUAUCUGUUAACACAUCUUCUGAGAGUCUAUCUGACACAUAUUCUGACGAUGAAGAAUCCGCCGUCAGUGCCGAUGAGGAUGAUAAUCCUCAGCAGCAAGAUGAUGACCGUCGCAGGCCCCAAAACAAUACCAUAGAAAUUCGUGUGAGCAGGGAGUACACUCCAAACUGGGGACCUGAACAUGCAUUCCGAGAGCUCUAUCAGAACUGGAAAGAUGGUAUUCUCUCUUCGUUCAAACUGGAUGUCAAUCUCUUCAAGCCUAUCAUUAAGGAAAGCAAAUUAUCCAUCAAUAUUACUGUCCAUGCUCCUCAACCAACGCCUGGCACCUCUCGUCGCAAUCAAGGUUCACAGCUACUCGGCUUCAUCACCUUCAAAAAGAAAAGCGGGCAACUUAUAAUGAGUAACUUCCAGGCGAUGCUGGAGAGACACCAUCUCAUUCUUGGGCACAGCACUAAGAGGAACGACAGAAAACUUGCCGGCUUCCACGGCGAAGGCUUCAAGCUUGCUGCGCUUAUUAUGGUGCGGGAUGGCUAUGGUAUGAAAUACGAGUCAAACUCGCAACACUGGAGAUUCAAAUUACAGUUUGAAGAUGGGAUUGAGAUAUUGCAGUGCACUCUCAAACACGCACCAGAGAAGACGUUAUGCAGGCAGAAGGAACGUUUUGCGAACUCCAAGAGGUCGUCAUCUCUUCGUCCUCGGCUUUCAUCGAACAUUUGGGAAGAUACCACGGUGAAAGUAGGAGCACUUUCGCAAAAUAACUGCGGAAUCACUUGCGAAGAUUUCCGUGGGUGGCUAACAGUCACUCUUGACCUGCAGGAGUUCAAGGAAAACGACAUCAUACACGUCCAAACUGGAGAUCUCAUUCUCAGCAACGCUCAUAAAGGUGCACUUUACCUCAACGGCUUGAAACUCGAAGAGAACCGUUCUGGUUCCACGGACUAUCAGUUUGGUUACAAUUUUCACAAAGGCAAAAUUAACCGUGAUCGAGAGAAAAUGAUGUAUCGAGAUCAGGAAGCACAAAUGGUUGCAGCAAUUUGGGAAGAGGCUAUGUGUCUUGACGCAUGGGAGCACACAGUGAUAGAGCACUAUUUCAAGCUCUUUCAGAACUAUGAAAACCCAAGUGAUACCUUUUUGGCCUACAAAACCGUGUCGAGACUGGCAAUGGUCAAAAUGUGGAAACAUCUGAGAGUGCAAUUUCCCGAUUCCUUCUUCUUCUCGGAUGAAGACAACACGAGGUCACACCUUGAUGCUAUUAUCGAAAAAGACCUCGGGAAGCGUCCUUAUAAGCUCAAGAACGUUCUGUGGAAGCUUCUCAAGAAGUACUCACUGGUGCGAACACCGCAUGAAGAAAGAGUGUUCCUCUUUUUCCAUUCGCCACCAGCACUGAUCCAAUGCCAUGCCUUUAGUAUUCAGCUUGAGAGAGCACUCAGAUGUGCUCUAAAAUCCAGCGGAGCACUCGAGAAUGUCAAAAUUCAGUUUGUAAAGGGUGAAUCUUUGAGUAUUGAUGUGCUGUUCCAGAACGACAACAAUCUCCUCAGAAUCCAUGACAAAUGGCUUGAAUAUUCUAAAGUCCACCAGAACAGGCAAUGCAGCCUUUUCGAAGCCAAGAAUGGCAAGUUGUCCUCAGAGGACAUAUUCUUGUGCGAUCAUGCAGUUAACGACCUAAUUGAAAUGUUCCUUCGAGAAUUGCAUGGUCCGCUGAAGCUCGAUCACGAGGAAUAUCAAGCUAUAAGGAGUAGGUCAGCAACGAAGCUCCAGGAGAUGCCUCGAGAUGUGCAUGUGAGCAGUACAAGGAAUCGUGAUGAGCUCCUUGUUUCAUGGGCAGGAGCGCAGAGCCGUGCGUUCUUGGACAAAUACGGAGAGUUCGUGAAUUACUCUGUCACCUUGCAUAAGAUGAGCACAUGCGAAACCAAGAAGGACGCUCUUCUUUAUACCGGUGGAGCAGGACAGGACUCUCCAGCAGGUACGACGCAGAUGGUUGCGCCCUGUGGAUGCCCUCUUCAAAUCACCACCGGAGACAAUUUUCAAACUCUUUUCCGAGGACUUGAUUCUAGUGAAAGUUAUUUCGCCAUGGUAUGUCGAGACGAUGAUAGAGCAUUCUACGCUUGGCCACGGGUACCAGUUAAACCUGCCGAAGCAUCGCUGACAAGCGCAAAUCCGGCGAUGCCGAAUUCUGGUGGGACGAACAGUGAGCGCAAUCUGGAGAUGGACAUGUGUGACAUUUCCAUCACCGAACCCAUCGACUCGUGGACCGAUCUAUCAUCAGAGUCUCCUUCUACGUCACCACCUACGACUCAAGCCUCCAACUCAAAAUCGGCAAGUGAACAGCAGGCGAGAGUUUCUAGGAGAUCAAUUGACCCUAGGCCUUGCCCCGUCGAUGCUUCGUCCAUGCCUCACCCGUGGCGGAACGGAAGCACUCCGCCUGUAAAUCAAGACUCGUCCUCAAAUACGAGCGGUGGAGAACAACAGGUAGUCACUCGUAGACCACGAGAUAGGAGCCCUAUCCGCGUCGAUGAUACUGGCAUGGCCCAAGAGCAGGAUCGUCGGGCAUGGGAUCUGUGGACUUCAGAAAAACUUCCUGUAUUGUAUAAUAGCUUCAUUCCAGGCCGCACUGCGACUACGCUCAACGGAACGAGUCUUAGUGGGCUCGAAUGCGAGCACUUGGAUCAUACCUUUGAGAGGGGCGAAACCGUUCUGGUUCACUUGAAUCAUGGUUCUGAUCGCCACGUCAUACAAAUUCAUCACAUCUGCCAACACGAAGCCGAUGACGGUUCUUCUUUCUGCCUUAAAAGCACGAAGUAUUCCUUCCUGGAAGACAUAGGUGCCUUCAAAACGAUGGCAGACGGACAACUCAUCAACAGCAAGGAGCUGGUCCUACAUUUCGACGAUUAUGACCAGAUGGGAACACCAAUUGACGCUGAGAUGAUUGAUGUUGAAGACAUCAUCUCGGUUGAUAAGUGCGAGGGGAUUGAAGUCAAGUUGAUCGGCCCUUCAUCCAUCGACGAGGACAACUCCGUGUUCUUCUGUCGAUUUGCCAUUCGAUCUUCACAAGGCCAAGAUGGCGCCUACCUGGCUCCGUUGGCACCCCGUCUAAUCGGUUGGAAAGGACGGAAAUUCGCAGAUAAAUCGUCGCCGCCACUGGUCUUUGACUUGUCCCCAAACGUCCUUGGGGCAUCUGAAGGCUUCUCUCAAGCCAAUUUCUCUAUCCGGGCCGCUUUUGGCUUCGACAAGGCUAGAGAUGUAACAUGGAAGCUUCGUCAUCCACAUGGUGAAGCCUUCGACGGUACGUGUGCCGAAAUUAUCGACGAUAUCCAGAUGUCCCGACUGGAGGGUAUCGGCAUUCCGGAACCGACACCUGCCAAAGUUGCGCUUGUCUCAAAUGAAUCAGCAUACUUCAGGUUGAGCUGCGAGAACAACAGCAUGCCGACAAUCCAGGAGUUUUUGGAGCCUUUGAAAGGCAUCGCUAGUGUCGCACAAGCUCUCGAUCCCGAUUUCUAUGCCAUGCUACUGUCGCCAGCUGUGCUGCAAGAAGAGCAGCUUGGAGAGCAGGGGAGAGCUAGACAGGAACGUUCCUUAAUUUCCGCGUCAAGAGUGUCCGAUUUUCUGAAUCGAGGGACUGGGAUGGGUAGAUACAACAAACCGGAUAGGUCAGACGACAACGAUCGCGGGACCCGGCUUGUGGCCAACCUUGGUAUUCAGGGGCUAUUAGUGCAGUCAGUAAGUGACAUGUCAGGAUCUACACUGCACGGAUGGGUGGCCGGGGAAAAAGCAGAGUACUGA